AUGACUUUCAGAGUACCGGUAUUGUUGUACGUUUCGAACACACAACAAUACCGGUACUCUGAAAUUAAUAACUGGGUGUCCGAAAAGACUAGGAGUAAAAUAACGGAGCUAAUAACAGCAGACGAUGUCAAUAAGGACAUCGUAAUAUUACUACUGAAUGCAAUUUACUUCGGUGGAAUUUGGAAGACACAAUUUGAUGAUACAGUGACUCGUAAUGAAGCAUUUCAUAUUUCGGAAUGCGAAACGAAAAAUGUAUUGAUGAUGAGAUUAAGAGCAAAUUUCCCGUAUUAUGAAGAUGAUUCUGUGCAAGUUGUCAAAUUGCCUUAUGUUGGUGAUGAAGUAGAAAUGGUUCUCAUUUUGCCAAAACUAUGCUUUGACAUAGCCAAUAUUCUAAAAAACUUGACGGGCGAACAUCUACUCUCACAUCUAAAACUACCGAAGUUCCUUUUGGAAGCAAAGUUUAGCGAUGCUUUCAGUGAAAGAGCCAAUUUCAGAGAGCUUACUGAUGACGCAGUUUCUAUUGGCGGUAUUAUGUAUAGAGACUUCAUUGAAAAAAUGAUAGAUUUAGUGAUUUACUUGCAAGGAAAUGGAAAAGGGAGCGAAUCAUCGACUGUCACUGUAAUUGAGUUAAAGGAGCGCAUGGUUCCAAUGUAUGAAUUCGUCGCUAAAUUAGCCAUUCAUUUUUGGAGUCGUUAA